AUGUCCAUGCCUCCUACCGGCUCCGAGCACGGCAGCGCAUAUGUAGACAACUCUGGGCCCGGCGCGAUAUCUAAGGCAACGUCUUCUCGCCAAGGCUUUUUCAUCGUACCCCCCACCCUUCCUCCAUCCCAAAAGGAGCAAUACAAACCCGUUAUUGAAACUUCUCUGAAGACUGAGUAUUAUCCGAUAGUCGAUGAGGUGAUUGGCGAAUACCGAGAGGGCAACAACCUAUACUACUUUGCGCGGUAUCACGGUGGCAUCGCUCACAAGUUUCUGGGAAAACCUUUUAAGAAGGAUUUUAGUGAGCUCGUGGACGAGUACAAACGCAAAGAACGGGCUGGUCUGCUCCCCCCCUUUGAUCCAUCCGCCACGUACAUCCAUCCAUUGUCGCGCGUGAAGAUGAAGAUCAGCAUUCGUAACAAUCGAGCUACCGUCAACAUCUCAUCAGCUCGCAGUGUUCGGUCUAGCAGUCGGCAGGAAGUCAUGUCAGAUUCUGAGGAAGACCUCGAGAGUGACGAAUCUUCGGACCAGGAUGAACAGUCGGAUGUUGAAGAAGAAGAAUCGGACGAGGAAUCAGCCGACAGUGUGAAUAUUGUCCGAACUCGUUCCUGUCGCACAGCGGCGAAGAAAACAUAUCUACCAUUCAGUCCAAAGAAGACUCGAUCGCAGAAAUUUCUCGCAAUUGAGGACUCUGACAGCGAAGAAACCAACGGGACAGGAGAAGAUAACGCAGAAAGGCAUGCACGCGUCGGUGCAAGGCGAUCAAUUCGCAUAAAGAAACCUGUAGUCAUCAACCUUGAAUCUGAUGACUACAAUUCGGAUACAAAUGAUAGCGAUGAAUUUGCUUUGGGACCUAAACGUCGUUCUCAAGCACAAUCUGCGACCAAAACAACUCGUCGUCCAAAACAGUCUCAACCAGCGGCUUAUGGCUAUUUUCGCGAUGUUGCAACCCUGGAAUACUCUGAUGACGAGGACAACACAACUUUAGGGAAUCACCGCAACAUCUGUGAAAAGUGUCAUCUUGCUCCUGGUCAUGUGCUCCUCAAACGACUUGCGAAAAAAUCCAAAAGUAAAGGGAAGAAAAGGAAACGGGGUACGGAUGACGAAUUCGAGGAAUCCGAUGAUGAAGCGCGUUACACCGCGCUUGGCGGAUGGGUCCAAUGCCUUAAAUGCCCUGUUGCAGCUCAUUGGCAAUGUCUAGCAAUUACGCAACGAGAUGAGAUUCUCAAGGCUGCAAAAGAGAGAGACAGUCAAGCAGCUAUUGCCUCGGAGAUAAAAGAUCUACCGAAGCGUGUGGAGUUGAUCACCCAGCAAACCACUAAAUUCAUUUGCGUUGCGUGCACGAGAGGGGGCAUCUGUAUGGGAUGCAAGGAGGUAGCUCUUCAGCCCGCUGCGCCUCGUGUUCCAAAGCCCGUGAAAACAGGACAGGAGGAGAGCCGCGAUAUCCCAAUGUUAGACGAAUCUGGAAAGACAUUCGAAACGGGGCCCGGGGAUGGCCAUCAAAUCUCUAAUGAGCUUCUAUUCCGGUGUUUUACUUGCAAACGGUUGGCUCACUAUCGUCACCUGCCAAUACCGAUCGCCUUAUCGCAUGAGGCCAGUAUUUCGGAAAUUGCUGUUCACUAUCAGAGCGCUAAAAGCUGGCUCUGCGCGGAUUGUUCGUCAUACCGAUACGGGCUUGACAAAAUUAUUGCUUGGCGUCCUUACCCCCCGAACGCCGUCGAAGUUUUCCGUCCAAUCGACCAACCACCGCAUUACAAAGAACAACUUCCUCGGGAAUACUUGGUAAAAUGGCUUGCCAGGAGCUAUCGGCGGACCGAAUGGGUGCCUCAUAUGUGGCUUGUUGCAACGAAUCCUUCCAAAUUGAGGAAUUUUCUGAUUUCUGGCCCAAAAGUCGAACUUUUACAAGAAGUUCCCAAACCAGAUGCUGCUAUGCCGGAGGCGUCACCUGUAUUCGAGAUUGCACCAGAUUCUAGAGCCUCUUCUCCAAAACCGGGAAGUCAUACAACGAAACAUAUUCUGGACUCCCUGUCUGACGCGGAAGGGCGGAUACCCCCGGCUUGGAAGAUCAUUGACCGCGUUCUAGAUGUUGUUUUAUGGUUUCCGAACGAUUCACAGAAGCAAAAGAAACAGUCACGCCAAAAUCAUCCUCGAAAGAAAUUAAUUCUCAGCGACAGCGAGCUUGAGAGCUCGGGGGAAAAAUUGGAAGCAGAGAGAAGCCUUAUUUUUGACCGUGGAGAGGAGCCGCCAGCCAACCUCACAGCGAAAAUUGUAGAAUGGGAGAGCCAACAUAAUCGCCCACUGAACAAAGACGAUAUCUCCCAUGUUGUUUGGGCAUUCGUCAAAUGGGAUGAUUUAACAUAUGAUGAAGCUACGUGGGACACCCCUCCGAGGGCCCACGAGACCGGUUAUGACUCGUUUGUCGUGGCUUUUAACCGAUUUGUUGAUUCUAGAAGUGUCGUCGUUCCCAAAUUAAACAGAACGCAUACGAAAGACUUCGACGCUCGAGAGAAGGGAGGAUAUAAAAAACAUAUCUUAAAGGACGCUUCAGAUCUGGACCUUGGUCAGGACCCUCGCCUCAAGCUCAUGCCUUUUCAAGUCGACGGUUUUAAUUGGCUCUGCAACAAUUGGUGGAAUCUUCAGCACUGUAUCCUUGCAGAUGACAUGGGUCUUGGGAAAACGGUGCAAAUCGCAACCUUUUUGGGUAGUAUCAUUGGGCGAUGGAACGCUCUUCCUGCACUUGUUGUGGUGCCCAAUUCAACGAUCACCAACUGGGUACGAGAGCUCGAACGUUGGGCACCCAAGCUUAGGGUAGUCCCUUUCCACGGCGACAAGAAGGCUCGUGACGUCAUCAAGGAAUUCGAAUUAUAUCACAAGGUCUUCUCAAAGCACAACACCAAUGCCAAAUUUCACGUUCUAGUCACGACGUACGAUGCUUUGAUUAAUGCUAAGGAUUUUACGUCCGUCUUCAAGCAUCAGCCACGCUGGGAAAUUCUUGUAGUGGAUGAAGGUCAACGGCUAAAAAGUGAUAGCAGUUUACUAUUCAAAAAGUUAAACGAAUUAAACACCAUCCACCGGAUCAUUCUGACUGGGACUCCAUUGAAUAACAACAUGCGAGAACUAUUCAACCUUAUGAAUUUCCUUGACCCCGUUGAAUGGCAUGACUUGGAAAGCCUAGAGAAGCAACACGAAGUGCUCGACGAAGAUCUCGUCAAACAAUUACAUAAUAGGCUUAGACCGUACUUUCUUCGUCGCAUCAAGAGUGAGGUACUCCAAUUACCUCCGAAGAACGAAGUCAUUAUCCCCGUCUCAAUGGCCCCCUUACAGAAGGAGGUUUACCGAUCUAUCCUCAGUCACAACCUAGAAUUACUUAAGGGCUUAACGCAACCCAAAUUUGGAGGCCCCACGACCAAAGGGAGAUUGAACAAUAUUCUCAUGCAUCUGCGAAAAUGCCUUCAACAUCCAUACUUGUAUGCUGAAGAUAUUGAACCACGUGGUUUGCCGCCUCAAGAAACCCACGAAAAGUUGAUUGACGGCAGUGCAAAGCUACGAUUUCUGAAAGCCCUUCUUCCAAAGUUGAAGGCACGGGGACACCGCGUUUUGCUUUUCAGUCAAUUUGUCAUUGCCUUGAAUGUCAUCGAAGAUUUCUUGCAAGGGGAAGGUUAUAAGUUUUUGCGAUUGGAUGGCGACACCAAAGGCAGUGAGCGACAGAAAGGCAUGGAUGAGUUCAAUCGUCCUGGUUCCGACUAUUUUGUCUAUCUCCUCACCACUCGUGCUGGCGGCGUUGGCAUCAACCUUUAUACUGCAGAUACGGUUAUCAUAUUUGAUCCAGAUUUUAACCCCCAUCAGGCCAUUGCCCGCGCCUACAGGUACGGGCAGAAGAAGACCUGUCUUGUUUUCAAAUUGAUGGUAAAAGAUUCCGCUGAAGAACGUAUCAUGCAAAUCGGCAAGAAGAAAUUGGUCCUCGACCAUCUUAUUGUACAAAAGAUGGACGAUGACGAAGAGGGAGGGGGAGGCAACGUGCAGUCGAUCCUUUCUUUUGGUGCUCAGGCCCUUUUUGAACUGGAGCAAGAUUCACGGGACAUCAUUUAUACAGAUAACGACAUCGACAAACUUAUUGAAAAGACAGAGAAAGAAAACGAAGAGCAGGCGACCCCUAAAGACGGGGGCCUGUCUUUCUCCUUCGCAAAAAUAUGGGCCGCCGACAAAGAUUCUCUUGAAGAAGUCGACGACGAUGAUCAAGUGGAUUCUUGGGCCCGAACACUGCAGAGAAUCACUGCUGAAAGAGAGAAAGAAGAGAGCAAAGAAACUGCACUUUCUGGCCGUGGGGCACGCCGUCGAGCUGCUGAUGUCGCCAAGACAAAAAUGCUGAUAGAGGAAAUACCGGGCAAAUCAAAGUCAACCCCUAACGUGUCUCCAGAUGGCUCUGCGUAUUUUGGGUCUGACGCAGACUCUGACGUGGAGAGUAGUGAUGACGCGAAAACAGAUGCCGUAGAUGAAGAUUUCAAAAUGGACAGUAGUAAACGCAAGACGAAAUUGUCGACACUCUCACCUCCCCUAAAUGGGUACUCUCGGAACACUGGAGACGAUGACGUUGUCCAUUGUGGGUUAUGUGGUGGACGACAUGGUCAGGAGCAAUGCUUGAUGACUGACAAGUCGGAGAACCUUGCUGAGUAUCGUGAAAUGCUCAUUUUACACGCAGACGACGAACCUUGGGAGGAACGAAACGUCGCCGUGCGGGCAAUCGACGAGAUUUUGAACACCAGAGGGCAUCUCUCUCUGAUAGCAGGGCAACCAUUACACCCGUUGCCAAAAUCAUCGAUCCUACCUCCUCCAGUCAAGAAGCCUAAGUACCCUCCACAGAUCACUCAGAUUUCGCAACCGUCGACGUCGCAUACCCCUUUCAGCCGAUCCACAGACCCGACUAAACACACAACCUCAGACAAACAUCCGGAGCCCCAACAUAAUCCGCUACCGGGACCAAGUUCAGCUGCAAGUUCCAGUUUGUCGAGGUCCACCGGCGCAAAAGCUGUUGAUGGAUCGAAAAAGAAGUUCAAGACCCCCUCAGUAUUAUGCCCAGUCUGCCACCAGACACCUUUGCACUUACUCAAAGACUGUCCUCUUGUGCUUGAAGGUUCUAAAAGCUUGUCAAAGCAAAUCAAACGACUCGAAGAUGAUCAUAACCCGGCUGCUGCUGGUACGCUGCAAAUUUUGAGAAAAAUAUUGGCGAAACAAAUUAAAAAAGAAGCGGCGGAGAGUGUCAGUUAG